AUGGUGCGCUCAAUUGGGGAUUACGAUCGAGGGGUGAAGCUUCCAUCAAUGCACGAGAUGAGAACUUGGAUCCUCAAAGAAGAAGUAAAGACGACAUCUGCCAUUGUCGAUGAGAUCAAAGCAACUUGGAAGCACAUGAGAGUUUCAUUGUUGUCGGAUGGUUGGUCAGACAUGAGAAAUAAAAGUCUGAUCAAUUUUCUCGUUAACAAUCAAUAUGGAAUAGUGUUUCUGAAAACUAUGGAUGCAAGUGACGUUGUGAAAAAUGCCCAAAAGUUGUUUGAGUUACUUGAUGAAGUUGUUGAAGAAAUCAGAGAGGAGCAUAUUGUGCACGUGAUAACAGAUAAUGCAGCCACAUACAAAGUAGCCGGACGUUUGUUAAUGGAGAAGAUGACUAGCUUAUAUUGGACUCCAUGUGCAGCCCAUUGCAUUAAUCUAAUGCUUGAACAGAUCGGCGAACUGCCACAACACAAGAAUGCUUUACUUAAAGCAAAGAGGGCUAGUGUGGUUUAUUCUAUUAAGACCACAAAGCCUCUUGUGAAUGUGUUGAGAGUGGUUGACGCUGAAAGGGCACCGGUGAUGGGAUUUAUCUACGCUGCUAUGGAUGAAGCCAAAGAAAAGAUAGCCAAGAACUUGAAUGACGAAGUAGGUGCCUACAAGGAGAUUUGGAAUAUCAUCGAUGAUAAGUGGGAGAAGCAAUUGCACUGUGACCUCACGCAACUGCUUAUUAUUUGA